UUAAAUUUGCCAAAUUGGGCUAUAAAUGAAAAAGCUCUUUAAACAAACAGGAAUCAUCGCCUUGUUACUUUUUGCUGCUCUCUUUGUUGAGCAAGGAUGAGCAAUGGUGGUAACCAAGAAAGUAAGACUGAAUGGGAAAAAUCAGUUCUCGUACAUUACGAAGUUUGCAGUUGGAGAACACCACACUGGACUAGUAUCCUUGAGAGCAAGGCUUGAUAGUGAGUGGGACUAUGGACCAGGAAAGCCAGAUACUGUUCCUGUCGAUUUCAAUUUUUAUACUGAGGAAAGUUGGGAUAGAGUACUUGAGAAAGAUGAUUCAGAUUGAUGGGGAAAAGCUGGCUUGCAAGAUAUCGAUCAAUGGAUAAAUAUCCCAUCUUGGAAUCAUUGGUCUGAGCCUGUAAGACAUCAUCUCCCUGUUCAUUCACAGACUAAAGUAUGGUAUUUCGCAGUAUGCGAUUGCUCUCACAGAGCUCAUAUGGAGUUCCCAACAAUGCCUAAAAUUAAAAUUGAGAUUACCAUGACCAAUGAUGGGUCUCAUUUCUCUCAAGAAGAUAUGUACUUAUUACCAAUGUAUUUCCUUUCAUUUCUAUUCUUUACGUUUUUCCUGGGGAAGUCGAUUCUUGAGUUUUACAGAGAUUUUAAGAAGGAGCACACAUUUGAGAACCCUCUUAUUCCUCUGAUGGGAAGCAUUACAAUAGAUUUCUUCCAUUUGAUGUUCAUGUUUAUCCACAUGAUGUUCGUGUGGGAGUUCGGAGAAGGAGUCAUUGAGUUAGGAGUUUUUGGAAGAUUAUUCAAAGUUAUCUCACAAGGAGUCAUGAUGUGGCUGAUGAUUACAAUCGCUUUUGGAUGGACAAUUACUUAUAAAAACAUGGGAGAGAAGGAUAUUUACAUUCUAUCUGCAAUUUUUAUUGUGAUGAUUCAUUUGUUAAUCGGAGCCUUAACGUAUAUUGAUGAUGAGAGUCAUCAUAAGUACCAUGACUUUGGGGGAGUACAAGGAGUUAUAUUGGUACUUUUAAGAGUUGUUAUUUAUGGAGUAUUCCUCUAUGGUAUAAAAGAGACAUCUAAUAGUGCAAAUAACAAACAGAAAUCAUUCUUAUGGUCUCUGACAGUCUCUGCAACUAUAUACAUUCUCUCGUUCCCUUUCUUGUGGGUAGUGUCCAUGAUUACGGACAGGUAUGUUAUUAACAGAUUUAUCACUUUCGGAACAUUAGCAGCUCAGGCAUUGGCUGCAUACUACUUGCUCCAUCAGCUGACAAAGAAGGGGUCCAGCUACUACGGCGCAUCUCACAAGUCGAAGACCAUUUUACCUGGAGCCAAGUUCGAUUAAUGCUCUCAAUAUUAUCAAUGUUGCCAUACGCUUCAAUCCUUGUCA